AUGCAGCAGAGGAAGCUCCCUCGGAGAUUUCAGUGGCUUACUGUUGUCACUUAUUCGGAGGCCGAGGCUACCACUGCGCAGGCUCACCUGGCCCAAGACCUGCAGCGGAUGAGGUCGCAUAUAGUUACUUUGUUUGAUGGUGACGAGGUGGAACCAGGGGCAUCGAUCAGAGUAAAAGCGGUAUUCGGGCUUGGAAAACCCCGGCAGGAUAAUUCUUCACGACCACCUGAAGUGGUACUUCGAGCAGAAAGCGUAACCAAAGCGAUACUCCCCAAGCUGAAUGGAACCCCGGUGCGAUUCCUCAGGGAUCUUGAUCCGGACCAGCGUAGUAAACUGAAAACUGCAUUGAUGGAACUCAGAGAGCGCCGUGCAAAAAGGGAAACCGAUUUGUGUAUGCGGGAUUUUCGUGUGCACCGGAAGCGCCCUCAGUUGCGUUGA